CUGCCUCCGGGCCGCGCGUUUACCGGCGUCCCGCCCCGCAGGCGUCUUCCACGUCGGUGGACGUGAGCCCCUCCCGGCGCUUACCGGCGGUGUGGCCGUAGGCUUCUGCCCCGCCCAGUUGUCACAGCGGAAAUGUCUGAAAAGGAGAACAACUUCCCGCCGCUGCCCAAGUUUAUCCCCCUGAAGCCCUGUUUCUACCAGAACAUCUCCGACGAGAUCCCCAUCGAGCACCAGCUUCUGGUGAAGAGAAUCUACCGGCUGUGGCUGUUCUACUGUGCCACCCUGGGGGUCAACCUUAUCGCCUGCCUGGCCUGGUGGAUCGGUGGUGGCUCGGGGGCCAACGUUGGCCUGGCCUUGGUCUGGCUGCUGCUCUUCUCCCCCUGUGGCUACGUGUGCUGGUUCCGGCCUGUGUACAAGGCCUUCCGAGCCGACAGCUCCUUCAACUUCAUGGCGUUCUUCUUCGUCUUUGCAGCCCAGUUUGUCUUGACAGUCAUCCAGGCGAUCGGCUUCACGGGAUGGGGUGCAUGUGGUUGGCUGGCGGCAAUCGGGUUUUUCCAGACCAGGGUUGGAGCUGCUGUGGUCAUGCUGCUUCCAGCCAUCAUGUUCUCCAUGUCAGCUGCCAUGAUGGCCAUCGCGAUCAUAAAGGUGCACAGGAUCUAUCGGGGGGCUGGCGGAAGCUUCCAGAAGGCGCAGACCGAGUGGAACACGGGCGCGUGGCGGAACCCACCGUCCCGAGAGGCUCAGUACAACAACUUCUCGGGAAAUACCCUGCCCGAGUACCCUACUGUGCCCAGCUACCCGGUAGCCGGCAGCCAGUGGCCAUAGAGGGGCUGGUUAGCCCCGCUGCCCGCCCCCCUCCCCUCCCCCGGCCAGGGCGGCGGAGCCUGCGAGCACUCGGGGACCCGCACUUGUGUUCGUCUUGUCUUUGGCAGUGAGGUCCUCGCAAGCGCCACCCAGAAACCGUCCAGCCUGUGCUGCCCAGCAGGACGGCUCCCAUGCUGCAUAGCAUACCCCUCCUCUGGAGGUCUCGGGCCGCCCUCAGGCCUCCCCGGGGAGAAGGGGCAGCAGGCCGGCCACCUGCCUUCCAGAGCUGAUGGCACGGAGAGGGACUCUGCCAGGCGUCACCCUCAGCCCUUCUCCUCCCCUCCUUCCUGUCCCCGUGGGCGACGGAGGGGCUUGGCUGGGUCCUCCGUGUUCUUGUCCUUUGUGUCCCUGUCCACCUGCAGCCAGAGGGCUCUUGUGGACGGCCCUGCGGGGUCGGCCAGAGGCCGAUGAGCCGCCUGGGCACCAUGAUCUGAGCCCCUGUGCAUCUGUCCGUCUGCCCGCUGGGCUCUGUGUGGGGCCAUUGGCCUUCCUGCCCACAAUGGCUCUCUCCGUGGGAGCGUCGAGGGGACCCCUGUCGAGAUCUGAAGGCUGGGGCGGAACCCCUUUGUGGGGGACGGGGGCCGUGGGGAUCUGAAGGCUGGGGCGGGACCCCUUUGGGAUCUCCCCUCUGCAGAUGCAGGGAAAGCCUCAGGAGCGGGCAGAGUGGGUGGGCCGGCCACUCGGAGCCCGCGGCCACGCAGCCCUCGCUCGAGCUGCAGGAAGCAGGAGACUGGGUUUCUUGAGAGUGGCCUUCUAGAAGUUAAGAUGUGACAAACCUGUGCCUUAGUGAGCAAUCUAAACGACACGUCACCUCCCUCCGGCUCUCGUAGCUCCUUCUGAGACGAAGGACUGGAAUGUUCCGCGGGGAUCUCGGCAGCACGCCUGUGAGCUGACCGGCCAGAAGAGCCCUCGUCAUUUCCUUGCCCAUGCUGGCCAGGCGCCCCAGGCGCCCCGAAUGCUGCCUCUCGGCUCCCGGCUGGCUGUCUCGGGGUAGGACAGGGACCCUCUGCGUCAUACACUGCUGCACGGGACACCGGUCUCUCCAGAAGCCCCGACCAGGCAGCCCUGUUCUUUGCUCACACCCACGCUUGCUUGCUUUGGCUGCUCAUGCUGGGCGCCGUGUGGUGUCCAAAGGUGGCCGUGGUUCCUGAGGACGCGCCCGGGCCUGGGUCCUCUCAGGUCUCAAGCUGUGGGUCUCCCGGGUGUCCCUGAACACCCCCUAGCCAGCCUCUGCGACCGAGAGGCGUGCGCUGCACUGACCGUGGGGCCGAGUCCCCUGCUGCACACAGGACUGAGCAGGUGU